UGCCAGAUUAUAGUGAAGUUCCCGCGGGCAUUUUGAAGGCAAAUAAUUAAGAAAUUAUUAUUUCCCGAAUAAUUUGGAGUUAUAAAGAGUGUUCCUUAACACCUCACUAACAUCUCCACCAAGUUUUAUUAAUAAAGACAUUAUAGUUUGCCAAAAAUUGCCCAAUAGACAUUAUUGCGAAUCCCAGCCGUGCUAAAUCGCUUUAUAAUAUAACUUAAGUAAACAUACGUAAAUAUUUAUACUAACGUAUUUGCUUCCGAAAAAUGGGUGUGAAGGAAUUAUGGACGGUACUAGCUCCAUAUGCCGAAACAAAGCCGCGGUGUGAAUUGCGUGGUAAAAAAAUUGCCAUUGACCUAUCUAUUUGGGUCGUGGCAAGUUUGAGCGUGGCAAAUUACAAUAAAAUAUCCAGGGCAGAUUUAAGAACCGUUUUCUUUCGGACACGCCGCUUAAUUUCGGAAGGUGUGAUACCCAUUUUUAUACUCGAAGGAGCGGCCCCCAAAUUAAAAAGUCAAAUAAUAUGCGAACGCGCUAAAUUGCGGUUUCGCGGUACCAAACCAAGUCAAAGGAACAAAGCUAUAAGGAGAACUCGAUUUAAUCAAGUGCUGAAACAAUGCAAGAACUUAUUACAAUCUAUGGGUGUACAAUGUGUUUACGCACCAGGAGAGGCCGAAGCUUAUUGUGCGUUUCUCAACAAAAAAGGGUUAGUAGAUGGGGUGAUCAGUCAGGAUUCGGAUUGCUUUGCUUAUGGUGCUUUACGUGUCUAUCGUAACUUUUCACUAUCCGCGACGGAAGUUGAGAUUUAUGACAUGGAAAAAAUCAAAAAGAAGAUGGAUUUUGGCCAAAACAAGGCUAUUGUUAUGGCGCUACUCUGCGGAUGUGAUUAUUGUCCCGGGGGUAUUCGUGGCAUUGGACGUAUUAAUGUCCAAAAAUUGUUCAACAUGUAUAAAGACGUGGAAAUUUUACAAAGAAUAAGAUCUUGGCGGCGUGAAGACAGUAAAUAUACUGCGCUGGAGAUGCGUGUUGAUGAUAACACGAUUUGCAGUAAUUGUGGACACGGUGGACGUACACAAAGUCAUACAAAAAGCGGAUGUGGCAUUUGCGGUACUAGAGAAGGAUGUGACGAAAGUCUGUGGAAGGAAGAACGUUUAUCUUUAAAAACCGAACUGGAGCUCCGUAAGAAGGCUUUAACUGAUCCCUCUUUUCCAUCUAAAAAAGUAAUCACGGAAUUUCUUAACGAACCUACCACUGCGCCCAGAUUAAAUAUAAUUUGGCAACAGCCUAACAUGGUAACAUUUGUAAAAAAAAUUCGUCACCUUCUCCAAUGGACUGAGAUUAAAUGCUUUCAAAAAUUUUUACCGAUUUUGGCACGUUGGCAGUUAAAAAACAUGCAACGUACAAAUGAGUUGAAUACAGACACAUUUCCAUCUGUCGCAAAAUUAAUACAAAUAGGCAUUGAGCGUGGGGUAUUCAGCCAGGGUAAUCAGGAACAGCUGCGCAAUUUGAAACAAAAAUAUCCUGGAGUAAUUGAAGCAUUUUAACGACAUUCUUGAAAUCGAAAGAAAAGCCACCACGUUAAACCACUGUAAGGAAUGGCAAGCAUAAUAACAACAUUGUUACGUACUACAUAUAGCAAAUUUUGUAUUACUUAUAAUAACGUCUUGCCGCUUCCUCGGCCAACCAAAGUAUAUUAAUAUCGUUUACAUUUUUACGUUCAAUUUUCAAUAACAACAAUUCAUUCUCUACUUUAAUCUUAAA